CAUUAGUCAUGCUUUCAGUCUUCCUGAACGGUUACGGAUGCCCCAAACUGGCGCUCGUAACUUCCUCUUGACAUUAAGCAGGAGGAUUUUAAGGAGAGUCUGAGGUGGUGUCUUCUGCUGGCUUUAAAUAUAAAGAAAUAUAAAGAAAAGUGCCGAGAUUCUUUGAUGUGUAUUUAUGAAGACUUUGUUUCGGUGUUUUUCUCUAGUGGGACCAAUCUGGCGUUUUGCUUUCAGCUGACGCCUGAAUGCCUCGAAGAGGGUUUAUUUUGGGGACGGGGGGCUCGAUAGAAAGGCAGAGUCUGACAGGAAGUGUCUAAAAGUUUGCUAAAACGGCUCCUUUUCACGGCUCCGGUUUUUUCUCAAGACGUCACUUUUUUGAUGGAGCUAUAUAUCUCGCCCCCCUUCCUAAAACGGUGCUGCGUGUGGAAAAAUUUGCUUGGGAAUGUGUGGCGGGCGAGGGAGGCCUGCGGCAGGAACAUCGUGUCUCUGUUAUAAAUGAAUAGCCCCUAUGACCAACAUGAGCUGGAGCUUCCUAACCCGCCUGCUAGAGGAGAUUCACAAUCACUCCACCUUCGUGGGGAAGGUCUGGCUCACCGUCCUGAUCGUCUUCCGGAUUGUCCUCACGGCCGUCGGCGGCGAGUCCAUCUACUCUGAUGAGCAGAGCAAGUUCACCUGCAACACCAAACAGCCCGGCUGCGACAACGUCUGCUACGACGCCUUCGCCCCGUUGUCCCACGUCCGGUUUUGGGUCUUCCAGAUCAUCAUGAUCUCAACGCCGUCGGUCAUCUACUUGGGCUACGCCAUCCACAGAAUCGCACGGUCCAGCGAGGAAGAGCAGAAGAGGUUGAGGAGUUUCAAGAGGAAGAAGCAGUUUGCACUGAACUGGCAAGCGGUCCGGAACUUGGAAGACCCCUUGGGAGCAGAGGAGGAGGAGCCCAUGAUCGGAGACGAUGCCGCUGAGAGCGAAGAGAAGGCCAAAGUCAAGGAAAACAAGAAGGAGCAGCAGAAACAUGAUGGCAGGAGGCAUAUCCAAGAGGAGGGCUUGAUGAAAAUUUACGUCUUCCAGCUUCUCACGAGAGCCACUUUUGAAGUUUGCUUCUUGGUAGGCCAGUACUUGCUGUACGGCUUUGAAGUCACUCCGUACUAUCUGUGCAACCGAGUUCCUUGCCCUCACGAUGUUGACUGCUUUGUGUCGAGGCCGACGGAGAAGACCAUCUUCCUCUUGGUGAUGUACGUGGUCAGCUGCCUCUGCCUGUUGCUCAACGUGGCCGAGAUGUGCCACCUGGGCAUUGGGACCAUCCGAGACGCCAUUCGGGAGCGAAAAAUCCACAGCUUUCGGCAGCCCCCCUACAAUUACGCUGCCUACCCAAAGAAUAUCUCCUGCCCUCCGGAAUACAACCUGGUGGUGAAAUCAGACAAGCAGGCCAAGGUUCCCAACAGCUUGAUGGCUCACGAGCAGAACUUGGCCAACGUGGCUCAGGAACAGCACUGCACGAGCCCCGACGAGAACAUCCCACCAGAUUUGUCCACGCUCCAUAAACACUUGAGAGUGGCACAGGAGCAACUGGACAUUGCCUUCCAGAGCUACAACAACACUCAGGCAAACGCUCAGCCAUCACGAACCAGCAGCCCCGAGUCAGGCGGGACCGUGGCCGAGCAGAACCGAGCCAACACCGCCCAGGAGAAGCAAGGAGCGAGGCCCAAAGCCAGCUCGGAGCGAGGCAGUUCUAACAGCAAGGAUGGGAAGAAUUCUGUAUGGAUAUAGCAGAGGGGCGGACAAGGGGUUUUCAGGCCAAGCCAGGGCCUCAGGGAGCUGGGGAAGGGGAUUCUGUUCUCUCCAUCAAGAUGGGAUGUGUUCAAGAGCGCCUUAGCAAAGAGGGUCAUUUUGGUAUAUAAAAGCCCAGGGUUUCUGCCAGACAGUUUCAAGCAGUGCAUUUCAGGAAUGGUUGGUUUCCAGUAGGUUAACAAGGGGCUCCUUCUCUCCCCCACCCCACUUGAUUCCUGAUGUCCAAAUAUUUCAACAUCUGGAAAGAGGGGAAAUUUUGCACACUUGUCCUUACUCCGCAGGAGGGUUUCGCCCGUAAUAUACAACGUCGUUCUUUCCAGACAGAUACCUGGGCUUUAUCCCCUUCCGAGUGUGAGGAAGGGAUGUUGAUGCCAAUGUUUUGUUCUCUAACUCAAGGUUCGGGGUGAAAGCAUUUCUUCUCAGGAGAUCUGGGACCCUCCAGCCCUUGUUCUGCCCAGUUUGGCUCUCAGGAAUAGUCUGCAUUCAGUAUUACACCCUCAGCUCCACACUGUGUCCAGCUUUUCUCUGCCUGCCUGUUCCCCUUACCUGUCCAACUGUUUAACACCCUCCACACUGUGCCUUUCAUUUUCACUGAUUCCUCCGGGUUCCGUUAUCCUCCUGUCUUACAUAUGUAACUUACAACCAGUUGCAACUGAUUUAUGGAGAUCCCAGCAAGGGGAUUUCUAGGCAAGUGAGAAUCAGAGGUGGUUGGACAUUGCCUUCCCCUGCAGAACCUUCCUUGGUGGUCUCCCAUCCAAGACUUAUGGCAACCCCAGCAAGGGACUUCCAAGGAAAGUGAGAAGCAGAGGUAGUUUGCCUUUGCCUUCUUUUGCAGAGCCUUCCUUGGUGGUCUCCUAUCCAGGAGUUUUGGUGACCUCACCCAGGAGCUUUCUAGGCAAGUGAGAAGCAGAAAUGACUGGCCAUUACCUUCUGCUGCAGCCUGCAGAGCCUUCCUUGGUGGUCUCCCAUCCAAGACCAUGGCGACCCCAAAAAGGAGCUUUCAAGGCAAGUGGGAAACAGAGGUGGCUUGCCAUUGUCUUCCUCUUCAGAGUGUUCCUUGAUGGUCU